AUGGCGCCCCGACCAGCCAUGGCCUCCUCCCAGGCCGAGAAAGAGGCUGAAGUCAUGAUGGCGAUAAACAACGGCAGCAUCGUGUCCAAGCGCAGCGUGGAGAUGAUCUACUACCCGGAGCCGCAUUUCUUUCGUCCCUUUGUCAAAAAGCCGCAGAAACGGGCACCACUUAUCAACCGAGGCUACUGGCUGCGCAUGCAUGCCAUGACCGAGUCGGUGCGCCGUUUCAUCGAUAGCCCAUCGGACAAACCGAAAUUCGUCGUUAACCUUGGAUGUGGAUUUGAUCCGCUUCCCUUCAUGCUACUCAGCGACGAGCGCCGCUCAAUGCGUAAUGGCCAGACUGUAUUUGUGGAUAUCGACUAUGAGAAGCUCAUGGUCCAUAAGAAGAUCGCCAUCCGCCGCACGCAGGAGAUUGCAGAUCUCCUAGGGGAUGUAGAAUAUCUUUCUGAUGAAUCACCCAUUCAAAUUCGCAGUUCGCGGUACCUGGCUGUGGGCUGUGACUUGAAAAAUCUGACCAAGUUGGAAGACGUGAUGCGAAACCAUAUCCUGCCCUCCACCGACUGCUCGGUGCUUUGUCUCGCUGAGGUCUCCCUAACAUAUAUGGAUGUCCAAUCUUCCAAUGCGGUCAUCAGCUGGGCUUCCAAGCUGACCCCUGAUAUGAAGUUCUGCAUCCUGGAGAAGUUUGCCCCAGAUGGACCGGAUCGCCCCUUUGUGUCAACGAUGGUGAAGCAUUACAGGAACUGCCGGACUCCGCUACACUCGAUUCAUGCGUAUCCUUCUCUUGCUGACCAGGAACGGCGCUUCAAAGACGCAGGAUGGCCAUUUGCUCGAGCAAGAAGUUUGUGGGACUUAUGGUCAGAUAACUCAUUUCUGCCAGAAUCAACUAGGACAGGGCUUGAUAAGCUCGAGGUCUUCGACGAAUGGGAAGAGCUUGCACUUUCCUUAUCCCAUCAUUUUCUUUUGAUUGCCUCGACAACCUCUGAUGUCCUUAUGAAUUCACCCAAGGAUCAACGAAAUGUUAACGAGCCAACACAGACCAGCGGCUCUUGUGUGUUUGUUUUGCAACCAUAUUGCUCUGCCGAGACUCGCGGGCAGCGCAGAUUUGGUGCCUUGAUCCCUGAUGGGACUGCUUCAGUCGGUCACCAUGGUGGAGUUGGCCCGCAGACUCGACUUGCGUCCACGGAUCUGUAUUCCUCCUCUUCUGUCGUCACGGAAUCUCGUACACAGUUUCCGCGCGACAUCACUGCAAGAGUGUGCCACACUGUCACCACGCUGGAUGCGCAAAAUGGGACCUGUCUUCUUGUCGGCGGAAGAGCUUCACCUGCCGCCCCUUUCAAUGACUGCUGGCUAAGACAUGACAAUGUGUGGCGUCAGACUCAUCCUCUGCCAGAACCAAGAUUCCGGCACAGCGCGAUCAGUGUAUCAUUUGGCGAUGGCUUAGACAUGGCGCUCAUCUACGGUGGGAGAUCGAAAGGAAACCAGACCCUAAACAGUUGGUUACUUUGGAGCAAUGACGAUGAAAAGGGAUGGCAGAUCGUGGACACAGAUGGUCCUCAGCCCGAGGCUCGCUUCGGAGCAUGCCUUGCAAAAGUCCAGGACGAUUAUGGGAUCAUGUUUGGCGGAAUUGGACAUUGUAAAACUAUUCUCGAAGACAUCUGGACGUGGAAACUCUCGCGAGCUAGUGAUGGAUCUCCGAAACUGACGUUCGCCGACGUGACUAGUACGGUCCGGAAUGUCUCACCUCGGCUUUUCCCGUAUCUGAACCGGUUCGGAGCAACUGUCACUACCACAUCCUUUGGGGUUGUCGUUUCCGGUGGCAUUAUACCCCGUCAAACAAUACCGGCUAGCAAGGAAAUCCUGUUGUUAGACCUCAGAGAACUAAGGGACUGUAUCACGACGGCAACACCAUGCACUUCUGCUCUGAUCACCUGCAUCGGACUCGGAGACGCAUUUCCAGGCCCUCAGCCUUUGCUCAUUGGCCAUGCUGCCUGCACCACAGCCGCUGACGAGGUUCUGAUAUUGGGUGGAGGAGCAGUCUGUUUCUCCUUCGGGACAUUUUGGAACGAAGGCACUUGGCUACUAAAGCGUGUGGACUCCACUGUGGAAAAUACAUGGAGUCUCGCAGCAUCGGCACCAAAAGUAUAUCAACAGCCACAACGGCCGGCGGUCGAGCCCCGCGGUCCAGACUGCGUGAAGAGCGCCCCCCGCAUACGAAUCAAGUCUGCCACGCAGUUCCAGCAAGUGGUGGCUAAGGGUCAACCCGUCAUCAUUGAGGGAUCUGAUAUCGGGCCCUGCACCGAGCUGUGGACGAAGGAAUACCUCACCGAUGCCGUUGGCCGGGACCGCAAGAUUGUCGUCCACGCCGCCCAGUCGGACACGAUGAGCUUUCAGGCCAAGAACUUUUCGUACGUAACGAAAGAGUUUGGGACAUUCCUCGACGAGGUGCACGCCGGCGGCCGACAAUACCUGCGGUCCAUCUCGGUGGACCAGCCGUCCAAGCUGCCAGCGGACCUGGCAACUGACUUCCCCGGGCUGCAGAAUGACUUUUGCAUUCCGGAACCCUUGGCACUGGUUACAGAGAAUGCACACAGUUCUCCUCUGCGGAUAUCAGGGCCAGUCACCAUGUGGCUACACUACGAUGUGAUGGCCAACGUGUUGUGUCAAGUCCGUGGCGACAGGCGGCUCAUCCUGUUCCCCCCGGACGACGUGCAGAACCUAUCCCUGCCGGCGGGGGCGUCGAGUUCCACGAUCGACAUCUUCCAAAGCGUCGGGGCCGACUCGAUCGCGGGCAUCCCCGGCACGUCGCCACAGGAAGCCGUGCUGGGCGCGGGGGAUAUUCUGUUCAUCCCGCCGCUGUGGUUGCACACGGCGUGUUCCACGACGGGCCCAGUGAGCGUCGCGGUCAACGUAUUCUUCCGCAAUCUGCGCCAGGGAUAUGCCGCCGGCCGCGACGUCUACGGCAACCGGGACCUGCAGGCGUACGAGAAAUCGCGACAGGAUCUGCAGAAGAUGGCCCGAUUGUUCGACGGUGUCCCACCUGACAUGGCCCGCUUUUAUCUUCGGCGGCUGGCCCAGGAGUUGCAGGGCAUGGCGGACCAAUCAUGA